ACCUGGUUACUGAACAAUUUAUGCUACAAUUUAGGGAUGAGUUAGUGGAUUACACGUUGACAUUUAGCCUACUACCAGAAUACACCUGUGACACCUGGUGACAUCUGUUUUCCCAGUUUACUCACUAGGACUAGGCAAAAUUGCAUUGAGAUCAAUGUGUUUAAGCCAUCCACUGAGAAGAGGCAAUCUGAUUUGAUUUUGAAUGGAGGUGGUAUAGGGCGUAUUUUAGGGACGUGCUUAUACAUUUAAAAUCUUACUAUGAUAAUGCCGCUGAAGUUAGCAGAUCCUAUUUGAUACUUUUUAAACUAUGGGAGUAGUCAAUAUGUUCACUUGUGAUACCCCUAACUCGGCUGAAAUCCAACUUCCGGUGUAGGUCAAUUUUGGGGAAUGCAAGUGCAGGCUGUGGGGCAGGUGGGCAGUGGAUAUUCCCCUUUUAGUGACGGUAAUCAAGCCUACGUGGACUUCGAUACUACGCUUGUUGUGGGGUUGGCCAUCAGGAACGAACAAUCAGGCAGGUGUGUUGCAGUGCUGAAGCAUCGAGAACGCCACAGGCUUGAGCUUGUUGACUGUCAGCCAGGCUCCGCCUUGCAAGAGUGGCUGUGGGAUCCAGAGAGUUGCUUCAUCAAAAGCCUUGCGGCUGGAGAGUGCCUGAGUGCAGCCGGCACGUACCCGAAACAUGACGGUGUCCGCCUGCGGAGCUGUCAGGAUGGGGAGAAUGGCGGAGAGGGCCAGGCUUGGAGCUGCUCCAAGAAGGGCCAGCUCACCCUUCAAGGCGCCCGGCUUCACCUGAGCGAGAGGCACAGCCAAGAGCACCCAACCAAGAUCAGGAGCAUCUACCUCUCCAAGGACAGAGGGCAGGCCAGCCAGUGGAGGACGCUGAGCAAUAGCUCGGUGUGUGGGGAGAGCAGUGGUGUCAGCAUGUGUGUCAAGCGCCAGCACAGCAUCAUGCACCAUCCCACGGGGACACCAUCCACACCCCCAUCAUCUCAGAAUGAAAAUAAGACACCUCUGAAUCCAAUGCCACAGGGUGAGGGUCUGGUUGCGCCUCGUCCCACUGAACAGAACAUGAGUACCGACUUUCCCGUCCAGUCCCAGAGCAGCUUUGCUCCAGAAAAAGACACGGUGGAUUUUUUCAACAUGGAUUUUGGAAGAAGUUGGAAGGUGGCCAUGUUGGUCUUAAGCUCCCUCGCGCUCAUGUUGGGCUUUGUCAUUCUGAUCCUCAGCAUUCUUCAGAACAGGAAGAAAAACGUGGUGGUGCUGAAGUCCUACACACGCACCGGGGAGGUAAGCCAACCCGGCUCCCCUGCGCUCCACGACCGAGCUCCUCUCACCAAGAACCCUAUGCGGCCAGCCCACUCCCCUUCCCUGCCAAGAGGGGAGAUCCUAGUGGCGUGGAAAGAUGGAACUGUCACACCUCUGUUUGACAGCAACAACUACUAGUCAGAGUGAUGUGGUUACAUGCUAACUGAUACAAAUAAGUGAUAAGUAGUCACUAGUGUUGCAUAUGUAGAAUAUAGGAGUUGGGUAUGGAACGAGAGUGGUGAAUUUGUUUAUUGUUCUAGUUUUUUUUGGACUGAUGGAAUGUCUGAGAAAUGUUGAAACUUUCUGCGCGCUUGUCUGUGCCGGCCCUGUUUUGGGAUGAUGCCCCCUAACUCUGCAUGCUCUGUUUUUGAUUAAGAAGAGUUGAAAAGGCAUUGAGCCCUUCAUUCCUCCCAUUCCUCCGCAAAGCCAAAAUGAGAUGAAAAUCUGAAUAGUUGGGCAGAGAGCAGAGCAGAGUUUUGACGGAGUGGACUCCUGGAGUCUCGUAAAUCCAAUCUAUGUCCCAUGUGGGGAGGGUUUGGUGGUUCACGCGUACGCACCCAAAAUAACACAGGACAGUAGGGCGUCAGAAGUAAAGUUAAGCCGUUUCUGAAAAAAAAAAAAACGCCUUCAGAUACAGCAUUAACCUAAGUCAAGGUCUGGUAAGGAGACAGUGCUUCUCAUUGGCCUCAUUUUCUAUGCGAAAUUGUGCCGGACUAUUCAUCUGGUUUGGUUUGCCUUUGUAAAUAUUUCUCUGACCCAAAAAAGGGAGGCGCUGUUGUAAAGAUACUACAAUCAACUAAAGAAUUAAAUAAAAUGCACAGGGGCAGUGUGUUUGUCUUUGACCUCUAAAAUUGAAUUAUGGUGGCACAGGUUAGGAAUACAUUCAAAAAAAAUUUUUUUAAACCUACAUACUGGCCCCUUCAGAGGAUAUGCACUUACACAUAGUCAAGACAUUAUUGGAGUACAAGUUCAUGCCAGGUCUUUGCAGGCUUUAAGCUUAUUUACUCAGUUACAAUGUCACAGUAUUUUUUUACACAAUGGUUCCUUUAUACUUUCUUCAAAAUGAAUAUGCUGCUAACAGACUAUAUCUCAUGUGAAAUUUGUAUGUGUAAUAGUAUAGUUGUGAGGUCAGCGUGUGAAAAUUAUCUUUGUUUGAGUACCCACAAUACUAGAUUGUUUUGUAAUGUCCUUAAUAGUUUUGUAAUGUCCUUAAUUUUAACAACUGCAUUCUGAAUGUACAGUUUAAUAAACAUUUAAUAUUUAAAGUUGA